CCUUCAUGAUCUCUUCUUCUCUCCUCGUCCUCUUCCUCCCUCUCCUUCUCUGCCCCAUCAUCAACGCCACCACCUUCACCCUCAUCAACAACUGCUCCUACACCAUCUGGCCCGCCGCCAUCCCCGGCGGCGGCCGUGAGCUCACUCCGGGCAGUAACUGGAGCCUCGCCAGGGCCGCUGCGGCCAGCAACGGCCGCUUCUGGGCUCGCACCAACUGCUCCUUCGACGCCUCCGGCAAGGGAAGCUGCCUCACCGGCGGCUGUGGUGGAAUUCUCAACUGUACCGCCGAAGGCUCACCGCCGGCCACCUUGGUUGAGUAUUCACUGUACCAGUACGGCAACAAUGACUUCUAUGAUAUCUCACUUGUCGAUGGCUUCAACGUGCCUGUUCAAAUCAGGCCUAAUACCGGCGACUGCAUCACACUGCGGUGCGCGGCGGACGUCGCCGGUGAGUGUCCGGCGGAGCUGAAAGUCACCGGCGGCUGCGACGGCGCUUGCGAUGUGUUCAAGACGAAUGAGUAUUGCUGUAACUCCGGCGAUUGUCGGCCCACCAAGUACUCCAGAUUCUUCAAGAAUCUUUGUCCGCAAGCUUAUAGCUACCCUGAAGACGACGCUACGAGUACAUUUACGUGCAGCUCAGGCGGGGAUUAUACGGCCACCUUUUGCCCGUGA